GCAGGUGCGGGACUUGGUGGAGAGGUGUUCCUGCCCCUCACAGUUCCCGAUGGUAAAGGUGUCCGAGGGCAAGUAUCGCAUAGGAGACACCCGCGUCCUUAUCUUCGUCAGGAUCCUCAGGAACCAUGUGAUGGUGCGCGUGGGAGGCGGCUGGGACACACUGGAGCACUACCUGGACAAGCAUGAUCCGUGCCGGUGUCGCCAAGGUCAUCGGACCGUUGCUGGGUCACGAGUUGGCUUCAAAACAUCGAACAGUGGUCUGGAGCGGCAGCUGAUGAAUGUGACUUAUGAGAGGUGUGAGGAGGGUCAGCUUGCAUCCUCCCCCUCAUCACGGCGCAGAUCAAGUGUUGGGACGAGAGGGGGCAUGAGACGAGAUUCUCUUGAUGGCCGGUCAUCUCUUCGGCAGCGCUCUCAGUCCCCCAACAGUCAUGAAGCAAGCAGCUUUUCUCGACUUUCACCUGGAAAAUCCCUUACUGUAAAGUCUGGUCUGAGAGACGAGCACACCGGCUGGCGAGAUGACUCCUCUGAAGUGAGUGACGAGGGCUACAAGAGCCAAGGGAACACUGCCUCUCACUCUCUGCCCAGAGCACGCAAGCCAACCAUCAGGCGGAGCAUUGAGAUGGACACCAUUGACAUGUUAGAGCGUCCAGAGUCAUCCAUGACCCAAAUUUCUUCAGAAGGUUCCUCCAUGUCUACCGAGGACUCUGUCAAUACACCUCCUCGCUCACCAACUGGUGCCUCCACCAACCCUCCAAAUUAUCCCCUCUCAGAUACCACCAACACAUGGUCACCUCCUCAGAACAAGCACAGUACAAGUAGUAUUUCAAAGUCUAGAUUACCCUUCAUAGAACCCAUUAAAGGUCCCUACAUGGGCACCAAAAAAUCCAAAAAGACCUCACUUUCAGAGGAUACAUCUCCUGCAAAGCCAGCAUGGAAUUCUGGUCCUGGAAUGAGGCGCAACAGUGAGGACCGUGGCAGUAGAGUGAUAAGCCGCAGUAGGAGUGCAACAAGUGAUGGAGGUCUUAAAAUGCUAGGUCGAGAAUCCCCUACCCGUCAGUCCCUAAGGCCAUCAUCCCGUCGUCCCUCCAGCUCGAGUGGACCUCAAGGUAAAAACACCUGGAAUGGCAGAGCAUCGCGAGAGCGACCAAGUCUCACUGCUGACACAUACAAGCCACCUGCCACACCCCGGACUGUUCGUUCAGCAUCAGCAUCUCCUGCCACAACACGAAGACACUUUGGACAUUCUGCUCCUGUCACACCACUCAACCGCUCUCCAAAACGUUCUGCACCAAGCUCUUCUCUAACAUCUCCAGUCAGCAGUGGGCCAGUCUUGAAGCAGUUGGCUGACCUUGAAGCAGAUGAGAACACACUUUUGUGCAUCAAAGAUAUAUAUGAUUCCCUCAGGGCUAAGGUAUCUGAAAGCUUAGCAGCAGAAGGAAAGUCUCUGCCUCCUGAGCUUUCCCAGGACUACACUAGCUCAUGGAUAAGUGCUCAUGUGUCUGGCAGGGAGAGCCAGAGUUUAGAUCCUAAGGUUAAUACAAGCUGUGGUACUUCCACUACUAGUCCAAGUAGCUCACUUAAGGUCACUCCAAGAAAGGCUGGAGUGGGAUCACGCAUUCCAGCACCAACCUUCUUCAUGCCUCGGCAGACAGAGAUAUAGCAGUGAAUCGAGAAGAGCUAAGAUUGUGGAGUUGGCAAAGUGAAUGCAAUCUCAAACCUGCUAAGAAUAUAUAUAUAUAUAUAUAUAUAUAUAUAUAUAUAUAUAUAUAUAUAUAUAUAUAUAUAUAUAUAUAUAUAUAUAUAUAGAUAUAUAUAUAUUGACAUCAAUUCAACAUGGAGUAGUUUCUGAAAAAUGUCACCUUUAAUAGAUUGUGCACUUAUUUUUUUAUAAGUUUAGUAUAUAAAUUAGUAUAUUGAAACCAAUUUAAAAAUAUAUAUAUUUGUUUUCUGCUGAAGAAAAACACACACAAAAUAUUAAAUGCUUGUGACUUGAGUGACUGAGGAGGCACACCUGUUUUCUUUGUGGCCUAGUAGAGUGCUGGCUGUAGACAAAAUAUAUUUAAGAUAAACAAAAUAGUUUUCAUGUAUAUUUAGUCAGUACAGGUGCUUAUGAAUCAAAGUAAAGUUGGGGGCAUAUGCUGUAAGAGCGCGUGGCCUCGGUGCUCAUCUCCGUAACAUUGGCCCUUGAGCCUGUGGUAGGAGGGAGCCCAUUACCCCGGGACACAGGGCCAGUGUGACAUCCUGGUUACCACAGUUUACCUUCCCCAGGUUUGCCCAGGUACCCAUUAAUCGACCAGCCCGAGAGGGAGGAUGAACAGCUAGGUGAGCUGCACGCCCACUGCCCGGGCAGGGAUUCGAACCCAGGCCCGCGGAGUAGAAGCCAGGCACGCUGACCACUAGACCACGGAGGUGUAUGAAUGAAUCAACAUGGAUAUAAUUUAUCAUUUAAGGGACAUGAAAUUAUUUGCUGAAACUUCAUCAGCUGAUUUUAGAGUGGUUGUGACACACCAACAUGAAUGCACACACUCUUUGCUUCUUGCCCUCUAUCCACCUCAUGUCACAAAUUCAUAUUCUCUGAUAUAUCUGGUUAAGCAUAGGCUGCUCUCAUACAAUUCACAUUGGUGUUCUAUUGUGAAUGCACCCUUUUAAUGCUGUAGAGCAUCAAACAUCAAAGUUCAUAUAACUUUAAAGUGAUUGCUUACCCUGAUUUUACUGUAUUAAGUACAUAUAUAUUAUAUGAGGUGUCUGUCCUCAGACAUUGUGGUGAUUAUGGGGCAGUAUGGAUGUGCAGUAAAUUUAAACAGUACUGGCACACAAACUAUUCAGGGUGCACACUAUUGAAACUAACCAGUGGUAGGGAUGGACACACAAGAAUAUAACACCCUAAAUUUGAUUGCCUAAGAUGAAUAGCACUCUAAAUUCAAAUUGCAGUCUCAUUUAGGUUAAUUUCAAAUCAAUAGGUUCAUAUGAAGUAACAAAAUUGAUGUCUUAUUGUGUGUAUAUAUAUAUAUAUAUAUAUAUAUAUAUAUAUAUAUAUAUAUAUAUAUAUAUAUAUAUAUAUAUAUAUAUAUAUAUAUAUAUAUAUAUAUAUAUAUAUAUAUAUAUAUAUAUAUAUAUAUAUAUAUAUAUAUUAUUGGUGUGUACCAUGGACACAGUUUAUUACAUUGAUGUAUAUGAAGAGGUGUUCAGAAAACAUGUUUAUAGAUGUAAAUAUUGAGUGCAUACAUAUAUAUCUUGCAGGCUGUUCAUCAUUGCCACAAACACAAUGUUGCUUAAAUAUUACCUAUUCAAUGUGCCUCUAUAACCACACUAACAUGAAUGGUGCUCCUUACCUAACAUGUGAUAUGUUGCAAUUUAUAUUUCUGAUUUUAUGAAGUGAAUGCAUUCCGAUAUUUUCAAUAUUUAAUAUCGGUUGUGUCAUAACACAAAUACUAGUCGACUGUAGAAUAGAAAGAAAACUGAACUUAUCAGAUAGAGAAAAACGUUUUCCUUGAAUUUGAUGAUCCUGUUGAUGCAUUUAAGUACAAUGGUAUAAAGCUUUACAGCCUUGUUUACUCUUGUGAGUUUUGUUUGGACAAACUUGUUUUGUCUGAGGAGGCUUCAGGAUCUUGUCGGUUUUGAAACUUCCUCACGUAUGAAUGAAAAUCUCAUUAAACUGUAUACUGAAAUUUGAUAAGAUAGAAUAUUUCCAUUGUGUAACUACAUUGUUACUAGUACGCUAGUAAGUAUAUUUCAUUAUGCCUUUCUACUUGUGAAUAGAGUUUAUAGACUAUGACAAGUUGUUAUUGUUGCAAAGGUACUUGGAAGGGAUGCUAAGGAACAUUAUAAAGACUACUGGUCACAAUAGCCUGCUUAGAAAUGUAGCUGUGAAGAUUAUCAAUAUGAUUCAUAGUAUAAAUGAUCAAUCCUUGGCUCCUAUAAAAAUAUAAAUUGAUUCAAUAAAUAAAUUAAAAUAAAUUAACUUUGUGUAGUGUACACACCUACACACACACACACACACACACACACACACUCACAACUCUGUGGCGCAACUGGUUAGAGCGAUGCGCUGCCAGGCUUCACGGCCUGACAGGGCAUGGUUUGAGCCUGCUCAGGCUGGAUUCUUUCCAUUGACCAGGAGUGGUUACUGUCCCCCCUUGAGCAAGGGGGAUGGGGUGUGUGGUGUGUGAGGUCCUGGCAGUACCCAUAGAUCGAUGAUAAAGAGCACUUGCUCAUGUCAGGAGGGUACCUGCUGGUUAUUACGAGUCCAACAUGAUCAGGCCAUGGUGAAUUACACACACACACACACACACACACACACACACACACACACACACACACACACACACACACACACACACACACACACACACACACACACACACA